AUGAAGGCGGCCAGGGCCAGGACGCCGCGGCGGCCGGCCGCGAAGAAGCCGUCCAACCCCACGCUGAAGGAUCCCGUGGGGGUGUACUGCAGGGUGCGGCCCCUCAGCCGCCCGGACCUGGAGUGCUGCAUCGAGGUGAUCAACGAGACCACGGUGCAGAUCCACCCGCCCGAGGGAUACAGGAUAUUCCGCAACGGGGAGUACCGGGAGACGCAGUAUUCGUUCAAGGAAGUGUUUGGCACCCUUGUUGCUCAGAAGCAGCUUUUUGAUGUGGUGGCCAAACCUCUGGUGGAAGAUCUCAUUCGGGGGAAAAAUGGUCUCCUCUUCACAUAUGGUGUGACAGGCAGUGGGAAGACACACACCAUGACUGGAUCUCCUGGGGAUGGAGGACUUCUCCCCCGCUGCUUGGAUAUGAUCUUCAACAGCAUAGGACCCUUCCAGGCCAAGCGGUUUGUUUUUAAGCUGGAUGACAAGAAUGGUGUGGAUGUUCAGUGUGAAGUGGAUGCUCUGUUAGAGCGCCAGAAGAGAGAUGCCAUGCCUGUUCCAAAAACUCCAUCUGGCAAGCGACAAAUUGACCCUGAGUUUGCUGACAUGAUCAAUGUGCAGGAUCACUGCAAGGUGGAAGAAGUUGAUGAGGACAAUGUCUACAGUGUCUUCGUCUCCUAUAUCGAGAUCUACAACAACUACAUAUAUGACCUCUUGGAGGAAGCUCCCUUUGAGCCUAUAAAACCAAAGUGGAACAAUUGCAACACUCCUGUGCGAAAUGGUGACUUUAUACCCCCACAGUCCAAACUGCUCCGUGAGGACCAGAAUCACAACAUGUAUGUCACGGGGUGCACAGAAGUCGAGGUGAAAUCUACAGAAGAAGCUUUUGAAGUCUUCUGGAGAGGCCAGAAGAAGCGGCGCAUCGCCAACACGCAGCUGAACCGCGAGUCCAGUCGCUCCCACAGUGUUUUCAUCAUAAAGUUGGCCCAGGCCCCCCUGGAUGCAGAUGGAGAUAAUGUGCUCCAGGAGAAGGAGCAGAUCACACUGAGCCAGCUCUCCUUGGUUGAUCUGGCUGGGAGUGAAAGAACUAAUAGAACAAAAGCUGAGGGGAACAGGCUGAGAGAAGCAGGUAAUAUUAAUCAGUCACUAAUGACAUUAAGAACAUGUAUUGAAGUUCUACGAGAAAACCAGAUGUAUGGAACAAAUAAGAUGGUUCCCUACAGAGAUUCUAAACUGACUCAUCUCUUCAAGAACUAUUUUGAUGGUGAAGGAAAAGUGCGUAUGAUUGUGUGUGUUAAUCCUAAGGCUGAGGACUAUGAGGAAAGCCUGCAAGUCAUGCGCUUUGCAGAGAUGACCCAGGAGGUGGAGGUUGCCAGGCCUGUGGACAGGCCCCUCUGUGGCCUCACACCAGGCCGGCGCUUCAGGAACCAGCAACCUGGUCCAGUGGGAGAAGAGCAAUCUGAUACAGAAGUGCUUUUGCAGCCCUUUCCUCCACUGCCUUCCUGUGAGCUAUUGGAUGCUCAUGAUGAUCAAACACUUCCAAAGCUUAUUGAAGUCCUGGAAAAACGCCAUAAACUGCGACAAAUGUUGUCAGAGGAGCUUGCCAAAAAGGCGCUUUCGUUUAAAACCAAGCUGCAAGAAUUUGACUCCAGUGUUACAUCCAAGGAAAACUAUAUUCAAGGGAAACUGUGUGAAAAAGAGAAAACAAUAGCAGGGCAGAAAAUGGAGCUGGAACGCCUGGAGAAGAAAGUUAAAACUUUGGAAUACAAGAUUGAGAUUUUAGAGAAAACUGCAACCAUUUAUGAAGAAGACAAGCGAAAUCUUCAGCAAGAACUGGAAAGCCAGAGCCAGAAACUGCAGCGUCAGGCUUCUGACAAGCGAAGGCUGGAGGCCCGGCUGCAAGGCAUGGUGGCAGAAACCACCAUGAAAUGGGAGAAGGAGUGUGAGCGACGUGUAGCAGCAAAGCAGCUGGAGAUGCAGAACAAACUUUGGGUCAAAGAUGAAAAACUGAAGCAACUGAAGGCCAUUGUUACUGAACCAAAGAAUGAAAAGCCAGAGAGGCCCUCACGGGAGAGAGACAGAGAGAAGCCUGUUCAGAGACCAAUGUCUCCUUCACCAGUACCUCCUCCUAGUAACUGUAUUGCUCAGGUCCAGCAGCUUGUGAGCAACCCGCAGGGACACAGACGUUCUAAUUCUUGUAGCAGCAUUUCUGUGGCAUCCAGUGUUAUGGAAUGGGAGCAGAAAACCCCUUGGCACAAGCAGACCAGUGGCACUUCUCAUGCAAGGAUUAGACAACAUGAAGCAGAACAAAGUAGAGACUGUAAGACCUCAGACAGAAGGCGAGGGAUGUGCUGGACUGGAAUCGUUGAGGUUCCCAGGCAUAGAGAUGAGCUAGAACUAGAAGAGGAUCAAUGCUGCAGGAUUUGCUGUGUGCUGAUUUCUCCUGAUUCUCUCCGCCCCGCUCAGAACGCGCCUCCCGUUCGCCUCAGACACAGACGGUCGCGCUCGGCUGGGGAGCGAUGGGUGGAUCACAAACCACCCUCUAACCUGCCCACUGACACAGUCCUGCAGCCCCUCGUCCCUCAUGCCAUCACAGUAGCAGCUGCCAGUGAAAAGGCACUGGCCAAGUGUGACAAGUACAUGCUGACGCACCAGGAGCUGGCCUCUGAUGGGGAGAUUGAGACCAAACUCAUCAAGGGGGAUGUUUUCAAAACCAGGGGUGGUGGACAGGCUGUGCAGUUCACAGAGAUAGAGACCCUGAAGCAAGAAUCUCCAACUGGUCGAAAGCGAAGAUCUUCCCCUUCCCAUCCUGAGCCACCUGAAGAUGCUGCAGACUCGGAAUGGACUGAUGUAGAAACCAGAUGUUCUGUGGCAGUGGAGAUGAGGGCAGGAUCAGCUCUUGGACCUGGGUAUCAGCAUCAUGCUCAGCCCAAGCGAAGAAAACCAUGAGCCUCCUGUGCUGCUGUGCUGGGAUCCUCUGGGUUUGAUCAGACUGAUGUAUUAUCUGCUGCCAGUGAUAAGCUUGAUCAACUGCUCUGUUAUCCCUACAGGCUUAUCUUUUUAUGGUGCCCUGUGCUAGGCAGGGGUUACAUGGGAGACACUUGUUCCAAUCCCAAAGAAGUGUGGGUGUGAAUGUUUCAGUAGAUCCUGGAGGGUUCUGCCAUUGUGUCAUCUGGACUUGUGAAGAACACCUUCUGCCUGGGGUGUAUGGAAUCCCCUGUUGUUAAGCUGUAUCUUUAUAAACUAAAGACACGAGGCUUUUGCCUUGCAUUUUUUUUCAGCUUUUUCUUUUUAUAGUGCAAAAAACUUCUGGUCUCUGUCCCUUCCUCGUCAGGGCCUCUGUUUUGAAGAGGCAUAAAUGCUGCUAUUUAUUUAGAUGCAGUAACGCACUUUAAGAGUGUUCCCAUGCCAUUUAAUAUUUUAUUAUAACUAGCAACAGCUUGGAGAUAUGGAUUUCCUCUUGGAAGAAUUACCUUUGACUAUUUAAUAUGCAAAUCAGCUUCUGAAAACAAUUUUGACCUUCAAACCUUCAUAGUAAUGAAGCGAAAAUACUGAUAGGAUGAGUAACGGUGGCUUGACAUCAGACCUACUUUAUUGUGUAGUGCAAGUAAAUAAUUAAAUGUUUUACAUGUGUAGAUAGGAGGUAAAAGGGUAAUUUGGUCACAGAUAU